UCUUUGGUUAGAAUCGCCCUGAGUAACAAAUUAGACAGGUGUACGUUUUAAAAAAAUUCUAAAUGCUCGCGAACAGUGUUUAGCUGGUUUAGUUAGAAGACAAUGAAGCGAGUGGUUCUUUUUUUGAAUGGGACAGAUGUGAACGGCAAGGUAUUUAUGGUAACACAUUCAGUCGAGGAACUGUUGGCAGCUGCGAGUGUGAAAUUUGAAAUAGUAGCGAAACGCAUCUUCACACCUCAGGGCGGCGAAAUCGAGGACAUUAAACUAGUCAGGGAUGAUGAUGUACUGUACGUUUCGAAUGGAGAAGAUUUUAUUUUGAGGGAACAAAAUAAGAUUGCGAGGUGCUCUGACUGGGUGACUCUGAAUGUCGGAGGAAAGUACUUUUCCACAACGAGAAGUACUCUCAUCAACAAAGAACCUAUGAGUAUGCUGGCUCGAAUGUUCACCGACAGAGAAGAAUGCGAGUGGAGGUUACCACCUAGUAAACGGGACCAGAGUGGAGCCUUCCUGAUCGAUAGAAGUCCCAUCUACUUUGAGCCUUUAUUAAAUUACUUAAGGCACGGUCAAUUAAUUCUUGAUCUCAAUCUUAACUCCAAAGGAGUUUUGGAAGAGGCUCGCUUUUAUGGAAUCGAAGGAGCAGUCAGUAUUUUGGAAGAAAUGGCAAUUGAUGAAGAAAAGCGGGAAAAGGGAACAGCGUCUCUUACUCGACAUGAUGUCCUGAAAGCUAUAAUGUGCACACCUAUUUCUUCCGAAUUACGAUUUCAAGGCGUUAAUUUAGUUGGAGCCGAUCUUUCCAGACUGGACCUGAGAAAUAUUAAUUUUAAGUAUGCGAAUUUGCACGGUUGCAGCUUGGAAGGAGCGAACUUGUCUGGCUGCUGUUUGGAGCGAGCUGAUUUAUCUAGUGCGAAUCUCGAGGGGGCGCAUUUGGUUUGUGUCAAGAUGCUCUGCGCCAAUUUGGAGGCGGCAAAUCUGCAUUCCUGCAACUUCGAGGAUCCCGGCGGAUUAUCUGCCAUAAUGGAGGGCGUCAAUCUCAAGGGCGCCAAUUUGGAGGGAAGCAAUAUGGCGGCUGUCAAUCUACGAGUAGCCACACUCAAGAAUGCAAUUCUCAAAAAUUGUGACCUCAGAUCUGCAUGUCUCGCCGGAGCCGAUCUCCAAAGCUGCGACUUGUCAGGGUCAGAUUUGCAUGAAGCGAACUUACGAGGUGCCAAUUUAAAAGACGCAGUCUUCGACCUGAUGCUCACGCCACUGCACAUGUCACAGACGAUCCGAUGAAAAUAAUAAAGAGAGAGAGAGAGAAAGAGACGCAGAGAAGCUUAUAAGGUAUUAGCCGUGAUGUUGUGCACUAUCAGAAGCGCCUUUGACGUCCGAAACAACGCUGUGAACUAAGUGAUUUGCAUCCUAGAAUCUUACUCAACUUUUUCCGAGUAUUGAUUUUCGUAGCUUCCUAUUUUAAAUUCCGGAUUUCAAUCUAGUUAUUAUUUAUAGAUAGGAUUCUGCGAAUGAUUACACAUUAUAUUUUCAUAAAAGAGUAUUUUAAUUGAAAGAUAUAUUUAGUGUGAAUCAUCAAAAGGAUUGUAGAUAUAAUUUAUUUUUUAGCUUUUCGAAUUACUGCCAGCUGCUGUGUUAUUAUAAUGUCAUAGAUAAGUAAGUAUUAAGAAGGGUAGUCGAUAAGAGAAUGUAAAAGACUUAUAACUUGAUAAAUUAUUGUCUACAAUUAUAUAAUAAUAAUAAUAA